AUGAGAAAACAAAUUUUAAUGGUUGUAGCACAAGGUGUUCUAUAUUCUACCGUUUUUGGUGAGCGAACAAACAUUGGGCUUUCCACUGAAGAACUGGGGGGUGAUUCAAUUCUAUAUUUUAAUGAAGACCCGAUAAUAGUAGAGAUCGAUAAAAAAGCCAUAGACAAGAAGGCUCUGGAACAAUUGGCAAGCACUAGAAAUGUUGUUCUUACCGAUCUACCAGACACUCUUGAGUUUAUAGACUUCAAAGAGUACGCAAAAAUGAAAUCUAAAUCAGAUAUGCUGCUAGAGUACAUCAACGAGUACGAAUUUGAUGAUUUUGAAAGAAGUUCUAUGGGUGCUAUUGAUGAAGAAGAGGAAGAAGAUUUAAUCUAUGAUUUUAACGUUCAGGCGGAUGAUAUGGGCAAGCUAAAUGCGAAUAUUUACGAACUAGUAGAAGAAAAAGAUAUAUCCAACACUCUCGAAAAAAACGUUACCAACUCAAACGCAUCUGUGUCAACUACUACUGUUGGUCCUUCAAUAACAUCUCAUUCCUAUGUUGCUUCCUCUACCUCUUAUUCCAAUGUUUCAAUAUCGGAUGAGGACUAUGACAACGCAGGCACAUUUUUGACUCCAACAACGGUGGCAUUAGCGGUGAUGUUAACCAUUCUAUUAUUUAUACAGACCUAUUAG